AUGAGCCAGCUAUACGUGAGCGCGGAACAUGUCCUGCAAGGUGGCUACCACCAUGCCACACUGCGAAGGCUGCAGGAGCCUAACACUACAAUAGAACCCCAUAAUAUUAUGUACCCAGUGUUUUUGCUAGAAGACGACAAUGCUAAACAAGAAGUGGCCAGCAUGCCAAAUGUAUAUAGAUAUGGUAUCAACGAGCUGAUCCCAGUGUUAAAAGAUUUGGUGGCGAAAGGACUCAAAUCCAUACUUAUAUUUGGAAUCAUUGAAACUUUGCCCAAGGACCCGACCGGCUCGCACGCGGACUCGGCGCAGAACCCUGUGAUCCGAGCGCUGCCGAGGCUCCGCGCGGAGCUGCCGUCGCUGCUGCUGGCGUGCGACGUGUGCCUCUGCCCGUACACCUCGCACGGACACUGCGGCCUGCUGACCGACUCCGGCGCAAUCGACCAUGCUGCAUCUGUUAAAGGAUCGCGGAGGUCGCACUCGCUUAUGCAUUGGCUGGUAAGGUUUUUAUAA